AUCGCGAAGAACGCCCAAUGAUCAGGCCAGAAUUCCCCCCGAAGAUUAAAGCCAAAGAUUUAAUAAUAAGACCGGAGAACGGUAGCAAACCACCUCGAGCGCCAAAUGCGUUCAUCAUAUAUCGAAAAAUUUUCGUAGAGACAGCGAGAGCUGAUGGGUACCAUCUCCCAAUGACCACCGUAUCCUCAAUGGCGUCGCGAUCUUGGGUAGAGGAGAGCGAGGAAGUUAGAUCCUACUAUAAGAGACUAGCCAAGGACGCAUACAAUUAUCGCAGCAAAAUAUAUCCAAAAAUAGAGCGUCAGAAAAAGCGUAAAAGAUGGAACAUCGUUUCUUUUCCGAGCGAGUCCUCCUUGAAUGCUCGUCCGUCACAAACGACAACCGAAUUUCUUGGUUCGAGCGACGAACAAAUUCCAAACCAGCAUCUUAUUUCUCCGGAGACAAGAGACUUCAACGGCGAAAUCUCGUUGACUUCGAAUGAAUUUUACGAACCUUACGCGUUCGACUAUCAAGACACGCGACUAAAUUCCGAAAUUCCAUCAAUUUCGAACGAUUCUUCCCCGGAACUAAUAAAUUAUUCGAUUUUACCACCCCUAUUGAUACACAGCUCUCCCUAUCAUGCUCUGAGUCUUCAAAAUUUUGACGACUACAAUGACUCUGCAUGGUCUCCGGACAAUGUCUCCCAGGGACGAAACAAAAAACCAAACAUCAUUCAGGAAACAGGGUUUCUUCCAAGAAGAGCUGUCAAAUUUGAUCUACCAAAAACUACACGGCAUUCACGAACUUCAACCCUAUUUACAUUCCCUUCGUCUUCGAAUGCUGUUGCUCCGGAACAAUCAAGCUCGCGGGAUGUCGAAAUAUCAUUUACUUUGUUGUCUAAUAAUGACGGUGGGGAUGAUAAUAGUGGUGGCAGUGGUAUCAAUGGCAGUAGUAGCAGUGGAGAAGAGAAGGGGAAUGAAAUAUGUAAUAAUCUAUGGAGCCUACCAUGGAAGGAUGAGAACAAUAAAUUUACACGGAAAUUUUGGUUCUUUUUCAUGCUAUUAGCGGUGUUGUUAAUAAUUUUCACCGUCGGUAUUGAAGUAGUAAUGUUGACUGACCCGUAA